CUAGCAACUUUGGCGUCCAGUUGCACUCUGUCAUCGGUGCCAAGCUGGCUCCAAUUUAGGAACAGCUGCUUCAGUCGUGGAACUGUCAUAGAACCCCAUCAUAAUUACGUAUCUAUGUUAACAAAAAUUAGAGAAAAAGUACAGUUCUUCAAUAGAUUGGACACGAACCACUGGUUCGAGUCUCGGCUAAGCCUUCGAAGUUCGAAAGCGUCCAAAAUGGAGAACGCAGAGUACGUAAGCUGCGAGUUUCAAGGAGUCCUCGAAGAAUUUGCAAGAAUUCGCGACGCGUACGUAGGUUUGAAGGCGUAUUGCCAGAUACAAGAGGAAACUGUGACGAUGGAGAAAGAACGCUCGCAGAGGAUGACGCAGAAUUUGGAAAAAUUGUCGAAAACUUAUUUGCUUUUGGAAAAAAGAUACAAGACUACGGUGGUUGGAUUGCAGUCAGAGAAGGACGGUCUUUUGAAGACGAUCGAGGAGUUAAAAGAACAGUGCGAUCAUUUGAGACUUAUUAAUGCUGAUUGCAAUGCUAAUGAUCAGACAUAUCGACUACAGGAAGAAGUUGAAGUCCUGAGAUCUCAAUUAUCAAUGCAAGAAGAUAAGUACCAAGAAGAUAUAGCUUUGUUAAAACAGAAACAUUCUGAUGAACUACAAAGAUACAAAAUGUUGUUACAGAACGCUAAAAAGGAUACCUCGAAUGAGCCAAAGAAAAGGACUGUGUCAAGCAACCCCAACAAAAAUAAACAGAAUACCUCCUUUAGGUGGCCAAAAUUGAACGUAGAAAGGAUCAACACACCUAUGGAGGCCACCAGCGGUAAUAAACCCGACGGAAACAAGAAGAGGAAGUUGUUCUCCGAAGACAGCGAAGCUACAUUUGAUCUCGUUUAAAAUACAACUAUAUAUUAU